AUGUCAUUCGCAGAGAGUUUUUGGACUCUGGACUACGAGCUGGGUAUUUCUGUACUCUUCGAACAAAUAAGGCAUGGCAUUGUAGAAAAUGACGAUUUCAUUCAAUUAUUCACCAAACGCAUGGAACUGGAACUCAUUUAUGGUUCUCAACUAGAGUCGAUCCAAGCGCUCAAAUCCACCGGUAAACAACUGGACAACGACGAGUAUGUUUCAUCGAUAAAGAAUGGUCUCGUAAAGAUCAAAGAGAAUUUCGCUCGUCAAGGAGAAUACCACAACCUUAUUGCCUCCAACAUUCAGCUUCAGGUUUUGGAGCCUUUCACCAAGUGGAGUAAGGAACACAAACAACGCGUCAACUAUUCAGAGGCCACUCUUGCCGACAAGCAGAAGGCGUUCAGAAGUGCAAAGAGCCACUUGGACAAGCUUCAAAAGCGGUACUUCAACAAGUGCCGUUUGAUGGAGGAAUUCAAAUCGCAUUAUUCAGAGGAGGAAAUUGAAGCUGAAAUUAGAGACAUGGAAUUCUCCAAGUCUAACGUAACAGUCAUUGAGGACCUAGAGGAACAAACGGUCUACGCAUUGGGUACCUUCAAUUACGACGAGAAAUCUAUGCGUGCACUUCUUGCCGAUAUUCUUAAGAGCAUCAACUUAUCGUCUCAUAAAGUCCCUAUCUUGGGAACAUACCACAACGUUACUCCAGGGAGCACAAUCACUCAAUGGCUUCUCGAUAACAUGCCUCAGGUCAACAAAAAUAUCGUCAAGGCCGAGGAAAUUGGGCAAGCUCUACUUAACCACGGCUUCAUCAGAGGAAUAGGUACUAUGAGUGGCGGUAAAAGCUUCAUCAACUCCUCUCAAUACUUUUACCAGUGGAAACCGCUUGCUUUUGAACUUGCAAGAGUGACACAAUUGAUGAAUAAUGACGGAGACAUGAACAAGUCAACACUUGCCAAAGGACCACAGUUUGGAGACUACUUUGAAGAUAUGAAACAGGCCAUUGGUGUGGGAGCAGUUGACUUCAACGACCGCUCACAGCUUCAGAAGCUUAUACAGGAAGUUGACCUUUUGGACUCACAGUAUUAUCAAAGUACAGUGGACUGUGAUAAGCUUCGAUGCGAGCUUGAAGAGUUGAUUAUGGAUCACCUUACGUUCAUGCAAAAGUGCGAAUUAGACCGCUUGAAAGCUCUCAAGCGGGCAACUUUCGACUUCGUAUCCUGCUUCUCCGAUGAAGUCGAUGCUUUAAAGAAGGUUAUUGAUGAAUUGAACAUCUUGGAAGAAACAAUUAACCCAGCUAAUGAUCUCAAAUUUCUUAUUGAAAACUACUCCACUGGACAUUUCAAGCCCAACGUCAUACUAUAUGACAAUUAUUAUAACUCCAAUAUCAAGCAAACGUUUGGCGUGGAUUUAUCGGUAAAAUCACGUCUCGACCACAAAGUUGUUCCCCUUUUCAUCCAAUGCGUUUUGUCUUACUUGGAUCACAUUUAUCCAGACUUGGAGAAUGAUGAACAAAGAAUAAAUUUGUGGAUCAAGCCCGUGCUGCUUACCGAUGUGCACCAACUUCGUUUCAAGAUCAACGACGUUGCAGACCCAGCCCAAAUUAAUGAAGUAUUGAAGAAAAGUGAUGCUUCAGUAGUCACAAAUCUCCUCAAACUCUACUUUUUGGAAUUGCCUGACUCUGUGAUUCCAUAUGCAUGUUACGAUGUUAUCAGGUCGUUAUACACCAAUUACCCCACGAAUUCAAAAGAAAAGCAAGUGCACGAUUCGCGGAUUAAUGGGUUGCAAAAUGUUCUUCUGGAACUCCCCAAGUCUCAUUUAGCUACUCUCGACGCCAUUAUGACGCAUCUUAAUCGCCUCAUUCAAAUUAUUGGGUCUAAGGACGAAAGUAUCGCUGCUGAUUUGAGAUUGAAAAUGUCUAAAGAAUUCGGCCACUUAUUAUUGAGGCCAAAGCAUGAUGGAAGCAACGUCGACAGCUCUAAGAAUGACAAGCAUCAGUCAAGUCUUAUUCUCGAUUUAUUUGAGAACAAAGAUUCCAUAUUCAAGGAGCUUCGGAGAAAGAAUUCUUCCAGAGCCGAUUCCUCACAAGCAAAAAGUGAAAGAGGUGAACCCGCAAAGAAAUCCAGCUUGGAGUCUAAGCUACAACGAGCAGUGAACAAAACAAAAAAGAAGAGUGAAACGAAAAGCGAACUUCCCGAGCUUCCAACUACGCCUAAGAGGAGUCCGGCACCUUCAUUGAAACGCUCAACUUCUCCUAAUAAAAAGAAGUUGAGUACGAUAUUGAAUGACUCUAGUCCUAGUUCUAAUCGUGAAAAGCCUAAGAAGAAGAGCGAAGAAAAGGAGAAUACUACAAAGACAUCAGACUCUGUUGAUCCAUCGGAUGAUUCUAAGGACGAUAAUGAAGUUAUUUUGGUUGACUAA